AUGGACCUCUCAUCUAUUUUGAUCCACGGUGAAGAGACAGAAAACAAACGGCAACCCAUGUUGCCCACGAAUGGAGCAAGUUCAAGCCAUUCAAUUAAGGGCAAAGACGUAGUAGCUGUAGUGCCAGACGAGGGUGCUGAAUUCCGAAAUCCAUUUUCGCAAGAAGUAAUCUCUUUGACGAGGCGUCGUAUUGAAGACAUGUUGAGAAAUAGCGAAAAAAUAAGAAAUUCAGUCCAAUUCUUCUCCGCCAUGCGACUUCCUAAUACGAUCAGCAGUAUCAGUUCAAGGUAUAUGAUACCUGAGAUUGUAUCAAUCGGUCCUGUCAAUAGCAAGAAAAGCGACCAUCUGCUUCAGUUCGAAGAUUACAAAUGGUUCUUUCUUGAUAAGUUCCUUCGCCGGUGUGAGAAGGACCACAGAGACCUGGGCAGCCUUAUUUUGGAAAUGCAGAGUUUAGAAGCUCGUACUAGAGAUAUUUACUCAGAUUAUAAGCAGAUCUACGAGAUGCCAAGUGAAGAUUUGAUUCAGAUGAUGUUGCUUGAUGGCUCCUUUCUGAUUGAGCUCUUGUGCUAUCUCAGCCGAGACGAAAUUCCCAAUGAUCCCAUUCUCGUUCAGCCAUUCUUGAUUCCCGUUCUUGCCAGGAUGUUCUUAAACUUGAGAACCAACUUCCUUUGUUCGUUCUCACGUCAUUGUUCGAUCAACCUGACGAUAAAUUUAAGAAGCUUGCCUUGGAAUUCUUCAAUCUUUCCUGGACAGCUGUCAGUCAACCAUGGCAACGAUCAGACGUACGCAUCAACACAUUCGAUGCAUUGCGUAACGGAACUGAAGCUAUCAGGAAUCAAGUUCACGCAAAGAAAAACACCUGAAACCUUUCUGGAUAUAAAAUUCAAGAACCGGGUUCUCCAAAUUCCAGCUAUCACAUUCAACGAAAUGAUGAAGACUGUGCUGAUAAAUUGUGUGGCCUUAGAACAGUCUCGAGAACGCCACAUCAAAUACAUUGCAGAUUUCUCCAAUGAUCUUGGAAGAAACACGCAGUGUGUCAGAGGCAGUUAUCUUUCUGAUGAAAUUAAGAAUGUUGAGGCCUAUUACAAUAACGACCGGACAAGUUUACCGCGCAAUUAUUUCACUACUAAAUGGAGAGUCCUCCAUGUCUUUGCUGCCUCUUUCCUCUUGAAAUGUCCAUAUGUGCUUGUUCAAGAUAACUACCUGGAGUCUGUGUCUGUAUCCAUUGCUUAUACUGGGACAGAGACAUUAUGA